UAUUGAGGCCAUGGUGAUGAUAACGACGGUGAUUACACAUUUUCAUGACAAGUUAACAGUAGCAGUUGCGUGCCAUCCAUCCAGUCCACGUCGCUGCCGUCGCCCCGCGUCUCUGUCUCCCCCUCCUGUCCUCAGCACCAGCCUGCGUUUCCCUCUUAUUAUUUUCCACUCAGUUUCUCGCAGUUUAAAAUGGCGGCGUUGAGCAGCGCCGAGUCCCCACCGCCCGUCUUUAACGGAGACACCGCGGAGCGGGAGCCGGGCCUGGAGGAGCUGGGCCCCGGGCUGGACAGCUCCUGCUCGCCGGGGAUGCCCGGAGGUCCGCAGGAGGAGGAGAUCUGGAACAUCAAACAGAUGAUCAAAUUAACACAAGAACACUUAGAGGCUCUUCUGGACAAGUUUGGAGGAGAACACAACCCCCCCUCCAUAUAUCUAGAGGCCUAUGAGGAGUACACCAGUAAGCUUGAUGCCCUGCAGCAGAGGGAGCAGCAGCUGCUGGAGGCCAUGGGGAACGGCACAGACUUCUCCUGUUCGCCCACUUCCUCGCCGGCCCUCCUGGAGGUCAAGAUGGGAGGCUGUGGGGCCGGAGGGGGGGCUCAGGCCUUUCCCUCGGCCCCCAACACCUUGGCCGUCCUGCAGACCCCCACCGACGCCAGCCGAGCCAACCCUCGCUCCCCGCAGAAACCCAUCGUCAGGGUCUUCCUGCCCAACAAGCAGAGAACAGUGGUCCCAGCCCGCUGUGGGAUGACUGUGAGGGACUCGCUGAAGAAAGCUCUGAUGAUGCGAGGCCUCAUCCCUGAGUGCUGUGCAGUGUACAGGAUACAGGAUGGAGAGAAGAAGCCUAUUGGCUGGGACACGGACAUCUCCUGGCUGACCGGAGAGGAGUUACAUGUAGAAGUGCUGGAGAAUGUUCCACUCACCACACAUAACUUUGUGAGGAAGACCUUCUUCACACUGGCCUUCUGUGACUUCUGCAGAAAGCUGCUCUUCCAGGGAUUUCGCUGCCAGACCUGCGGUUACAAGUUCCACCAGCGCUGCAGCACUGAGGUUCCCCUCAUGUGCGUCAACUACGACCAGCUGGACUUAUUGUUAGUGUCCAAGUUCUUUGAGCAUCACCCGUUCUCCCAGGAGGAGAUGUCCUCGGAGGGAACCACCCCAGUGUCUGAGGUCUGUCCGUCACUCCCCCCAUCCGACUCCAUGGGAUCCAUAUGCCACACCUCUUUAUCGCCGUCCAAGUCCAUAGCCAUCCCGCCCAGUUUCCGACCCAGCGAGGAGGACCACCGCAACCAGUUUGGCCAGCGGGACCGUUCGUCCUCGGCCCCCAACGUCCAUAUUAACACCAUUGAGCCUGUCAACAUCGACGACCUGAUUCGAGAUCAGAGCUUACCACGGUCAGACGGAGCCCCCCCGACCCACCCCGCCCGCUGCUUGAGGAAGCACCGAACACGGACCUCAAGCCCCCUCCUAUACUCCUACCCCAAUGACAUAGUGUUUGAUUUUGAGCCUGAGCCUGUGUUCCGAGGCUCCACCGCGGGGCUGUCGGCCACGCCACCUGCCUCGCUACCGGGCUCCCUGACCAACGUCAAGGUUCCACAGAAGUCGCCGUGCCAACAGAGGGAGCGCAAGUCGUCGUCCUCGUCCGAGGACCGCAAUAAGAUGAAAACCCUGGGGAGACGGGACUCCAGCGAUGACUGGGAAAUCUCUGAGGGUCAGAUCACUCUGGGUCAGAGGAUAGGCUCUGGAUCCUUUGGAACAGUCUUCAAGGGGAAGUGGCAUGGUGACGUGGCGGUGAAGAUGUUGAACGUCACCGCGCCAACGCCACAACAGCUCCAGGCCUUCAAGAACGAAGUGGGAGUCCUCAGGAAAACGCGUCACGUGAACAUCCUGCUGUUCAUGGGCUACACCACCAAGCCUCAGCUGGCCAUCGUGACCCAGUGGUGCGAAGGCUCCAGUCUGUACCACCACCUGCACAUCAUCGAGACCAAGUUUGAGAUGAUCAAGCUGAUCGACAUCGCCCGGCAGACCGCUCAGGGGAUGGACUACCUGCAUGCGAAAUCAAUCAUCCACAGAGAUCUGAAGAGCAACAAUAUUUUCCUCCAUGAGGAUCUGACGGUGAAGAUCGGCGACUUUGGCCUGGCUACAGUCAAGUCCCGCUGGAGCGGCUCCCACCAGUUUGAGCAGCUGUCUGGAUCAAUACUCUGGAUGGCUCCAGAGGUGAUCCGGCUGCAGGACAAGAAUCCCUACAGCUUCCAGUCGGACGUCUACGCCUUCGGCAUCGUGCUCUACGAGCUCAUGUCAGGAGCGCUUCCCUACUCCAACAUCAACAACAGAGACCAGAUCAUAUUCAUGGUGGGUCGAGGUUACUUGUCCCCCGAUCUCAGUAAAGUGCGCAGCAACUGUCCAAAGGCCAUGAAGAGGCUGAUGGCAGAUUGCCUGAAGAAGAAGAGGGAGGAGCGGCCUCUCUUCCCUCAGAUCUUGGCGUCCAUAGAGCUGCUGGCUCGCUCGUUACCCAAAAUCCACCGCAGCGCCUCGGAGCCUUCGUUAAACCGGGCCGGCUUUCAGACGGAGGACUUCAGCUUGUAUGCCUGCGCCUCGCCCAAGACCCCCAUCCAGGCCGGUGGCUACGGGGAGUUUUCGGCAUUUAAGUAAGUGCUGCAGAUCCCACCACUCCAUCCCUCGUCACUUUUCAAAAGUCUUGUGUUUCUGCGGUGGAUUCAUUCAUUACAACAAAAAAAAGAAGAAAGAUUUGUCUCAAAGAACGGGCUGUUUCCUUCAUUUAUCAACCUGAAGAAGGCGACCGGGACAUGCUUUCCAGGAGGCCAACAUCCACAGCGACAGACAAAACUGAAUUCGGUCUAGAUAAAAAAAAAAACGGGCAACUUGAAUGACACAAAAAGAAAAACAAAACAAUACCAAAACUAUUUCCUGCCUGCUGGAGGGAAAAGAUGAAGGCAAAAAGGAAGGGGUGAUGACGGAGCCACGCCAGUAGAAGUCGAGGCUGUGGACGCCGCUCAUCUCAUUGUUUCCUCUGCGAGCGAGAUAGGAGGCUGGAUUUUUUAAGCCGAGCCGCCGCAUCGCACAGAGCGACGGCAGAACAGAGGCCCGAGGAAGGAAAUGCGACACUCCCGUCUGACAGGCGCCGGCCUGUUCCCAAACGGGAGCUGGAGGUCGCUCGGCCAAGGGUCAACCCGUCCCCCGAAGAGCGACGACUUUAAAAGACGGAUAUAUUUUGACUUUUUCAUUUGUUCCUCAUGUUUCAGAGUUCAAGCCAGGAUGAGCUUCUUUUUGCCUUUGUUUCUCUUGAAGAGAUGGUAGCUAUGUAAGGGGAAAAAAAGCUUUCCUCUGGGUCAUGCAGCAUGAGCCCCCCUUUUUUUGUCCUUACGGGCUUAAUGCUGAACAAAUUCUGCAAAAUACUGCGCUUUGCCUUCUUUCUUUUUUUUGCCUCCCAACAAAUUCGACACCAGUGAUGAAAUGGCCACAGCUUUAUCUCUGGAAAGAUUUUGCAUGCGAAAGCAAGAUUUGAAGUCGAAGAGUGCGGAGCCUGAACAGUUUCACCAGCAACAGCGGCUGCUCUUUGGGAGAAUAAAAUGCUAAUUGGUUUUGUGAUGAUGGAAGCGACGGGAUAAAAAAGAAAAAAGAACCUGGUCUGAGACAACUAAUACGACCAGUGUCGUUGAGCGAGCUUCAGAGGUGUUGGAUCUUCUGGAUACGCUCUUCCUCUUCAAAGGAUUUAAUUGGAAAGAGUUCUUUCUGUAGAUUUCCAGUUGAGAACUGGGCGUGAUUUUUUUUUUUUUAAAGAACCUGGUCCAAGCCAAGCUGCUGCCCGAGGUUUAUACUGAGCUAAGGAGUGUGUACAGUAAGUUGUUACACAGCAUCUUCGCAAACAAAGCUUUUCAUUUUGCCUCUGAUGCUUUUUCCACAAAACCCAACCUCUGUGACACCAAGUGCAUGUCAUGUUUUGGGGGGGAUCAUGUGGCUUUAAUAUUGCACUCUGCUUUUAAGACGGGGACGUUACUUGUUGCCGCUACCGACCAAUGGGCUGCAGUGUGAUCUGCUGAAAGGACGCGUGAUCUUCUGGAGAGUUCUGUUAGUCUUAGAAAAAGUUCCUGAGAUCUCCUUUAAGUCACACCUCUUUAACCUUUGCUAUACACAUGCACCCGUACUCCCUCUUUUCAUUCCAGCAUGUGUUGUAGUUUGUUACACAUUCUUUUUUUUUUCUCUUCCCGUUAUUGUCAUUGUUUGCCUUUUUCUGUACAGGCAGGCCUGCAGAUAUUUACUUAUUUAUGUGAAUCUUUUUUUUUGUUUUUGUGGAUUUAUUUUUCAGAACCGCUUUAUUUGACGCUCUGUCUUUCAUUGAACGCUUGUUUUGGUCUUUGUGACUCGUGUACUUGCACUUUGUAGAGAUGGAUCGAAGCAAAUGAGCGACUUGCCUUGACUUUCUUUUUCUUUUUUAAAUUGAAGAAUACAUUUUCACACACAGAGCUGAUGACCCAAUAUCCACCUAACGCAUGAGUCAUCUGCAGGGGCUAAAGUGUGAAUAUUUUUGCUGGGAACGACUGACUUUGAUAAAGCCCCCAGGAGCAGAGUAUGUCACCAUAUCUGGUGUGAUGGGAUCUGGGAUAAUGAGACUUGGGGCUUGAUCAAUGGGUGUUUUGGAGGCAGCGCACACAGUUGGAGCGUCCGUCCAAAUACCGACAAACUGGUUUCCUCACGUUCAUCCUGGAUAAUGUAUGUCUUUCCAUCAUAAACAUCAACCAGCCCCUCCCACCUUUUCAUGGAACAGUCCAGCUUUUGAGGAAAUACACUUAUUGGUCAUCUUACCCAUCAGUCCCAUCUUUGCAAGUUUAUGAUGGAGGUAGGGCUGCGACGGACAGGGUUUUCCAUAGCUUAGUACAAAGACUGGAAAUAGGGUGGGGGACUGCUAGCCCCGAUCCAGGACAGUGUCACUGCUUGUCACUUUCCUGGAUUGCCACCUCCUGAAAUUUGGACCUUAUAUUCACUGAGCAGCUCCUGAAAUGUGUCACAAGAGGCAUAUUGAAAACAUGAACUGGUAGAAUGUUGAUGUGGCAACUUGCAAGGUGAAGGAAAAACAGCAGGUAGGUGCAACCCCAUUAACACGUUUAAGGAGGCAGGCAAAGGCCUUUCCCAAACUAGGCUAUUGUUCUUGUUCUCCCUUGCCUGGCAAAUUUGAUUAUUUUUUUCAGAUAUUUUUUAACUGACUUUGAAAACUUGAAAAAAACACGGCCUACACAGAAGACAACUUCGCAGACAGAGUUAAGCUAGCUAGCUUGCAAGCUGAUGAACAUAGUGGAUAAUUUAGCAGCCAAAGAGUCUCAUUAUUCCUCACAGGCAUUGGUGUAGACCAAACCUGAGCUAAAUGGAGAGUGAAGAUUCACCCGGUGACGAGAGACAACUUGAAGCGAAUGCUAAUGUUGCAAACGUGUUUGCUGGAUGUCUAAAUGUGUGUUAGUGCGGCAGCCACUGACACUUGGCUUACUUUAUGUAAGGUGCGUUUUUUUUCAGCUUCUCAUAGUAGAGUUCUUUCUGCCCCCAAGUGGCCCAAGAAAUGAAUGCAGCUUCAAUGCAACUAUCUGUUUUUUCCACUGGGGGACAGCAGAAAGCAACACUGACAUAUCACUUAUAAUGACAAGAUCAACUUUUUGGCCGAUAGCUGCUGAUUUUACACAUCCAACUGAUACAGAACAACAUUAACAUAAUUUGGAGUCAUUACUCAUGAUGCCUUUGUUCUCUUGGCCGUUCACAAUAUAGUGUUUGUCGGACAGCUUGCGUCACCUGGCACUAAAAGACCAGCCAAUAGUAAACAGCUGGCUCCACCAGAUUAAAGGUCCACAUAGUUGGGGAUAGGGUUAGUACAUGGUUUGUACUACUCUUCUAAAGUCAAAGGUUAGACUCAUACAUGGAGACGAUGUAAGUCUAAAAUUAGAUAUUACAUAUCCUCCGGUCAUGUUACACCUUUUGGUAUGACAGUUGAUCUCUAUCCACAGCUUCACAAAACAUCUAAGGUAAAAUGAACUGACAUGCCACCUCUACCAUUUGAACUCGGUCAAGUAGUCAUUAGAGAUAUAUAUAUAAUAACCAACAAUUUCAUGGUUAAGAAAUGCUUACGUUUUGGAGAUGAUGAAGAUACUCUGAUAUCCUGUGGAAGAGGAGGUCAAGGGUUCUGAGUUUAAUCAUUAAAUCAUACAAACACACUUAGAAUUCUGAAUUAAUUCUCUCCUCUGCCUCAGAGCAAAAAUUAUGGCUAUUUAUAUAUUUUUUAAUCUUUAUGAAGGCAGGGUUCUUAGGUAGGCCAUGGACAUUACAGUUCAAAGAUACACAUCAUUAACUUUCGAUGAUUCCAAACUUUCAGGUCAAAUGUUGAGCAUAACGGUUCAUUCUUGACCUAUUGAGGAGCUCGUGACGAAGCAAUCUCAGCUCAAGGUUUACUCACUGGCUUGUUCAAGAGCUUUUGACUGGAGCAGUAUUUAUUGUCAAGGUCAAUGUUAAAGCCCACACAGAUUUGGCAAGUUUUUUUUUAAACCUCGAGACAUCUGCUGAUGAAGAGUGAGGUUGUGGACUUUGGUUGAAGAUUGUUUGUUUAAGGUCUGAUUCAUAGGUCAAGAAUAAACUGCUGACCUCACUAGAGGUCACACAUGGUCCACGUCCACGGGUGUCGGUGUCCUUCAGAGACAGUCGCAGUUCACGCUGCACAGGGAUCUGCAGUUUCACAUUUUCCGAUUGCAAAUUAUUAAAGUGACAGGAUCUGGAACAACAAGAUUGUUACGAGUGCUGUAUUUAUAUUCCCUUAGGGAUCUUAGCUUUUCUGAUGUUUGUCUGCCAAACUGAAACCAGGAGGAAAUGCUGAUGCUCUCCUCUCAUCGCACCCACCACUCCUCCACUUAACGCACAACUUUCUGUUCAGCCUUUCCCCUCUCAUCAUUCCCAUCUUUUUCUUCAGAAACAUUCCCUCCCCCUCUCUCUUCCUUGCCUGCACCUUAAACCCAACAACUGAGAACUAUCAUGAAAAAACAACUUUAUGGAAAUCUUUUUUUGUUUUGUUUUCUUCACCUGUAAAUAGUUGUACAAAAGGAAAUACUGUCCGUUUGCUAGGAGGCAUGGAGACCACAAAUGUAACAAAUGAUAAAAAUGUUGAAAAUAAAGAGACAAAGAUUAAAAGACAUUUUGAUAGGCAGACUUCUGAGAAAAAACGGUUAAGUGUAAAAGAAAAAAAAACUAUUUAAGGCUGUAUCAUAAGAAGAAAAAAAGCUUAAUGUAUUUGUUGUGAAUAUGAAAAACUGAUAUAUUAAAGAAGUGCAUGAAAACUG